AUGCCAAUUUACAGAAUUGCCAUCGGAACUCCGGGGGAGGCCACCGACCCUAAUACACUCAAAGCCGGUGUAUCGGAGUUCAUCUCAACCCUCAUUUUUGUAUUUGCCGGUGAAGGAUCCGGCAUGGCUUACGGUAAGCUGACGUACGAUGCACCAAACACUCCGUCAGGGCUAGUGUCUGCUGCACUAGCCCAUGCAUUCGCCUUGUUUGUCGCUGUUUCAAUCAGCGCAAACAUUUCCGGUGGUCACGUAAAUCCAGCCGUCACAUUUGCGUCAUUCAUCGGUGGAAACAUCUCGUUCCUGUGUGCCAUCGUGUAUUGGAUCGCUCAAUUACUUGGGUCCGUUGUUGCCUGCUUGCUCCUCCGGUAUGUCACAGGCGGAACGGAAACGCCGGCAUUUGGUCUUUCAUCGGAUGUUACGGUCGGAAAUGCACUAGUAUUGGAGAUCGUGAUGACGUUUGGCCUAGUCUACACGGUAUACGCGACCGCAGUGGAUCCAAAGAAGGGCAAUAUCGGAAUCAUUGCGCCUAUUGCCAUCGGGUUCAUAGUGGGUGCCAACAUCUUAGUUGGUGGUGCGUACGAUGGUGCGUCAAUGAACCCGGCGGUCUGCUUUGGUCCAGCCGUGGUGAGCGGGACAUGGAAGCAUCACUGGAUCUAUUGGGUCGGUCCGUUUCUGGGGGCUGCCAUUGCAGCCCUUAUAUACGACAGUAUCUUCAUCAGUGACGACCACGAGUCGCUUCCGGUAACAGACUAUUGAUAAUCGACCACGAUCGAUUUUAGUUUCCGAGAAAACUAAGUAGUGAAAUCAAUCUUGCCCUUUUUGGAAAUUAGACUAAAUUGCUUUUAGGGGAUUAAAUAAGA